CUCGUCCUCGUGCAGUACAGAUUUUGUCUAUGUUUAGGGUUCGAAUGUGAGGGUACAGACAGAUGUAGAUACAUGGUUUUGAACGGCGUUUGAUUUAAAUGUUAUGUAUUUUCAACGCUUGUCUAACAGUCAAUGUUUCAGUUAACUGGAUUUCCACCAGAAAAUUAAAAAAAAAAAAAAAUCCGAAACAAAUGACAUGUCUAAGGCUUAAGUCCCCUCAAAAUUGACAACAUACCCUAAUAAAUCCUAAGUGAAUGUUUUGACGUACACAAACCCCUCGUUGAAGAAGUGUGGACUCAAAAUAAUCAAUUUCUUGAAACUGACCUGUUGUUAAGUAAAAGCAGAUAACCUCUGUUUGCCAUGAGUGCAGGGCAGUUAUGUCGUCGCCUGUCGUGGAUCUGGGAGGCAGUGAGGCAGGCGCCAGAGGACAGCUGAAGGACGGCCUCCCUCCCGGAGGUCUGGAGGCACUGGAGAAGUUCUGUGUGGAGCAGCAUUCCUGGUGCGAGCUCAGGAAAAUCCUGACAGAGACCCGCAGCUUUCAAAACCAGAUGGUGCCCAAACCUCCACACGAGUUCCAGUUCGUACGGAAGAAUGACCCAGAGGGGACGCAUUCCCACCGAGUAUACUUCCUGGCCAUGUCCACUGAGAGCAGGGAGAACUCGCUGUUCUACGCAGAAAUUCCCAAGCGGAUCAACAAACAGGCCCUGCUCUUCCUCAGCUGGAAGCCCCUGCUGCUGCACUUCCAUAGCCAAGACUAUGGAGAGUACUAUCGUGAAGAUGAACUUCUGCGAGAGAGGAAGCGAAUUGGCACACAGGGUAUCAUGACCUAUGAUUUACACCGAUCCAGUGGUACCUUCCUCUUCCAGGCUGGUGGCUCCAUCUACACCGUGAGGGAUGGCGGCCCACACGGUUUCACGAAUCAACCUCUAAGACCUAUGAAAGUGGAAACUUCAUGUCCCAACAUCCGAAUGGACCCAAAACUGUGUCCCGUGGACCCCACCUGGUUCUGCUUUGUUCACAGCUGUGACAUUUGGAUUGGAAAUUUGGAAACUGGGGAAGAGAGGCGCCUCACAUUUGCCCACAAAGGUCUGCCCAAUCUGAGGGAUGACCCAAAGUCCGCAGGAGUGGCCUCCUUCCUGUUGCAGGAAGAGUUUGAUCGUUACACAGGAUACUGGUGGUGCCCCGUUGCAGAGGAAGUUCCAGGUGGCUCCCAGAUGUUGAGGAUCCUGUAUGAAGAGAACGAUGAAUCCGAUGUGGAAGUGAUCAACGUGACCUCCCCCUUGUUGGAAUCACGACUGACUGAGUCCUUCAGGUAUCCCAGGGCUGGAACUGGCAACCCCAAAUCCACUCUCAAGAUGUCUGAGGUGGUGGUCAGCGCUGAUGGAAAGGUUGUGAGUGUUGUCGACAAGAGGCUGGUUCUGCCAAUGGAUGUCCUUUUUCCUGGUAUUGAGUAUAUCACCAGGGCUGGCUGGACAUCGGAUGGCCGAUUUGCCUGGGUAUUGCUGCUGAACCGGGCCCAAACCCAGCAGCAGCUGGUUCUGCUUCCUCCGCCACUCUUCAUCCCAGUUGACACCCCAGCUGAUGUCUGCCCAGAUCCUGGCAGCGUCACACCUUUCAUUAUCUACCAGGAGAGCACUGACAUUUGGAUCAAUACCCACGACAUCCUGCACUUCCUGUCACAGAAACAAGAUGACGAGAUCAGCGUUAUCGUGGCUUCAGAGGUGCACACAGGCUUUAGGCACCUAUACAGGGUCACAGCCCGGCUACAGGGCAGCUGGAGCCAAGCCAAUGGAGAGGGCGGAGCCACUGCAGGUGAUUUCCUGUGUCCAGUGAAGGAGCAGGUUGCUCUCACCUGGGGAGAUUGGGAGGUGCUAGGGAGACAUGGCUCCAAUAUCACAGUGGAUGAGGAGAGGGGGCUCCUCUUCUUCCAAGGUACCCGCGACAGUCCUCUGGAGCACCACCUGUAUGUGACCAGCUGGCUGUGGCCCGUCGAGCCCUCGAGGAUCACCAAGCCUGGCUACUCCCACACCUGUCGCGUUAGCCAGCUAAUGGACAUAUACGUGAGCCGCUUUAGCAAUGAGACAACUCCACCAUGUGUUCAUCUGUUCCGGCUGAACAUGGAGGAACGGGAGCCAGAGCACCUACAGGGCGAGUUCUGGGCCUCUCUCAUGGAGUACCCAGUGUGCCCCCCUGACUACAUCCCCCCGGAACUUUUCUCCUUCAAGAGUCGGUCAGGACACACCCUGCAUGGAAUGUUGUAUCGCCCCCAUAACCUACAGCCUGGAAAACAGCACCCGGUGGUAGUCUUCAUCUACGGGGGUCCGCAGGUGCAGUUGGUGAAUCGGCGCUUCAAGGGGCUGAAGCACAUGCGAUUGUACACCCUGGCCUCGCUGGGCUACUGCGUGGUCAUCGUGGACAACCGUGGCUCCUGCCACCGUGGACUGGCCUUUGAGAGCGCAUUGAAACAUCGCAUGGGUCAGGUGGAGAUUGAGGAUCAGGUGGAGGGCCUGGAGUUCCUUUCCUCACGCUAUUCUUUUUUGGACAUGGAGCGAGUAGCCAUUCAUGGUUGGUCCUACGGGGGCUUUCUUUCCCUCAUGGGCCUCCUGCAACGGCCUGACAUUUUCAAGGUGGCAGUGGCAGGAGCACCGGUCACCAUGUGGACACACUACGACACAGGCUACACGGAGCGUUACAUGGGUCUGCCAGAGCUCCACCAGGAAUGCUACCAGUUGGGCUCCAUCGCCCUGCAGGCGCACCGCUUCCCCUCCCAGCCCGGCCGGCUGCUGCUUCUUCACGGCGUUCUGGAUGAAAACGUGCACUUCACCCACACCAACAUGCUGCUGAGUCUGCUUGUACGUGCAGGCAAGCCCUACCAUCUACAGCUUUACCCACAGGAGAGGCACAGCAUCCGCUUGCCUGAGUCUGGAGAGCAUUAUGAGCUGCACCUCCUCUACUACCUGCAGGAGAACCUGGGCUCCCGUACCGCCACCUGCCUCAUGGCCUCCUGAAGUUCCAUGGACUUCUAGCUGCUCACCAGCAGGGGGAGACACACUCCACAUACUGGAGUUGUAAUGCGACAGGUCCUCGGGAGUGACCUCAGAAUUUCCCUGGACUGGCAUGGGGCAUGAGGACUUUGGGACCUCACAGAGGAAGUUCCGGGUUUUUUAAAGGAGGGGUAAACAAAAUAUGUGUUCCUGUUCAAGUGGUGGGGACCUAGUGUUUAUAUUUCGGUGUGACACAGAAACACCAGGAGGGUUUGAGCUUACAUCAGUUGUGGCCAUAUUGCAGGACUACCUAAUUAGAGAGCCAGAUCAUUUGUCACUGAAUAAAAUGAUUCCUGUACUGAUGUAAUUGGACAAGUUCCGCUGACACUAUAAGAUGAGUUUAACUUUAAAACACUAGUAGGGCCAUUACUGCAGAUGAUGAUCUACAUGGGCUGCAGUCUUAUUCCUCAGCAUGUCAUGAGGAUCUGGAGCUGCUGGGGCAGCACCUGUGGGCUAACCACAUCAGCAGUCCACUUGGGAGAAGGCUCAGUCUCGGGUUCCCCUGGACCACUGGGAUCCUCACAGCAAACCCCUUCUGUCUCUCUGCUUUCUUAUUCUUACCAGGGACCUGCACGUUUUGGGAUGUGUCCACAUAAUCACAGUUUGUGCCUACAGUUAUACCGCUUAGUUGCACAGAUCGCAGAUUUACAGUCCUCCACAUAUGUGGGGAAGAUAAAGUGUCAUCCAUACACGCAGUAUACAUACAGAGGGAUGUGAAACAGUUGUUUCUUUCAUCACUUCUUUCCUCUAUUUAUGUGAUGUCAAAUUUUUUCUCUCUAACUCCUUGGCAGUGUUUUGCUCUUCAUCAGAUCUUAACUGUAGUGGUUGUCUUUGCUAUACAUGCUGACUUGGUUGGUUUCUAAAUAAAAAAAGAAAGGCAAACA